CGUGGAUAGGAUAUCCUACGCAUCCCAGAUCUGCUCUCCGAUACCCAGAGGAUUGGGAUUUGGUCUCUCCUUGUGUCUUCAUUGAUUUUGGACCUGGACCAUUCCUGUUUUUGUUGUUGUUGACUGGAAUUGUAUUUUCUACACAUCACAUGGUGGGUGCUCCCUGAGGAAAUCAGGACAAAGGAGUACAGACCGUGAGAACGGGAUUUUAAUCUCACUCUUCUGACUCCUCAAGCCCAAUGAAUCUGUGGCCUAGGAAGGUUGUGGUGCUUCUCCUGUACUGCUAUGGUUGUUCCGCCAUUGGUGAAGGGAAGCCAUACUUCAUCUCUAGGAAUUUCAACACUGUCCUCCACUGGAACAAGGUCGACAGCCCAGAUGAAGGGGUCUUUUACAGUGUCCAUUACAAAAGAUACGGAGAGCCAUACAAGCUGAAUAUGGCGUGCCAGAACAUCACAACUCUUUCUUGUGACCUCACUGCAGAGACACCAUACAUCUAUCAAAAUUCAUACUGUGCUCAGGUUUUCGCCAACAGUCACUCGCUAGGCCAUACAGCACUGUUUAAACCUCUGAGAGACACUGUCCUUGGGCCACCCAAUGUGUCUGUGAACCUCACAACAUCAUCUUUAAAAGUGACUGUCACCCUACCGUUGGGACCGGAUAAUAAGACUUCCAUCGAGGAGAUUUUCAACAGUACCAGCUUUUCCUACCAUGACCCUCCAACCUUCUAUAUCCUCAACAUCACUCGUCCUAGCUGGGCAGCACAGGUCCACAAAAACACAACUGGAGAGUUUGUCCUUAACAAUCUAAAGAAUAGCAAUGUAGAGUACUGUGGCUAUGUGGUGUACAUCCCGACUAGAGAAAAGUACCGAAAUGCCAGUGAGAGCCAUACAUUCUGUGUGGCAUUACCAGGUGACACCUGGCUGCUGUUCCCCUGGUUCCUCCUCUUAGGGUGUCUGCUACUUGGUUCCCUCCUGCUACCGGUGGUGGUGUGUCGUCACUAUGUGAGAAAGAAGAGUAACAUGCCAGACGCCUUGAAACUGACCACAAGCAACGUCCCACCUCCAUUGUGGUACCCUCCAGAAGCCAUCACUAUCUCCACUGCCAAGCCGUAUCAUUACCCUGUGGGGUUCUCCUACGGUGACCUGAAGACUGGUAAACUCCAGAUGGGGUCAAAGUUCACCAGCAGUGGGUCUGGGUCCUAUUCCCCCCAGGACGGACCCUCCUCCAUUGCCCAGCCCAGGCACUGUGACACCUACAUGGGCCAGCAGGGUCCACCCCCAGAGCACUCCAACAACAGCACCCAGUCCUCCACCAACUAUAGCAUGGUCGUAGUGCAGGUGGCCAAUGAAGGUGUGAAGGAAGAAUGCCAUCGUCACGCAAACAGCGAAAACAACAUCAACUCUCCAUGGUCAUCUGAAUCCAGUGUCCACAAACCCAGUUGUUUUCAAGGUGUCCCAGUUUUGUUUUCGCAUGGAGCACCACCUGAGCCGAACCGGUGUGUUGGAGACAGGAACUCAACAGGCCACCCCCUAGUACUGCCCACAUUGCGGUGUAUUAAUGGCCAACUGCAGUUGUCCACUCUGUUGCUCCAGCCAGAGACACAGAGUGCCAUGGCCAGCAUGGCACUGCCUACCGACGCUGAGGGGCAGCCCCUUUUGUGGGACCUAGACAACACUGGGCAAGGGGCAUCACUAUUGUCUGAUCUGGUCACCACGGGGGAGACAGAGUGGUUGGACCCUGGUACAGGGAGAGAGGAGAGAACAAUAUACACCCCAAUCUCUCCAAUGUGUUUCAAUAACUCCAAUGACUCACCAUCUCACUCCAUACCUCCCAUCAACCUUGCAGACUGCGAGACCUCAUCAAUGACAUUCUUGCCUGGUUACAAACAACACUGGGUACCCCUUGCCCCUCAAGGGCUAACAGCAGAGGAUAACUUUGUGAAUCCCUCAUAUGCUCCACAACAGGCUUGGAUUGAUCAGGAGGAAGAGGAAGAAGGAGAGGAAGGAGGAGAUGAAAGAGGCAGUGAAUUCUUUCUGGGAGGUUGGGUGGUACAAAUUCUAGGAUGAUUGUUUUUUGUUUUUUAGUUCCCUAAAAUAAUCUUAAGGGCCUCUGUGCCUGUUCUUCGCUCUGUUUGGGUCCCCAAUGUACAUCAGAGACAAGUUCCGUCCCAGCGAGCCUUCACAAAGUGCAAGGAGAAGAUGGAAGGAGCAGAGAGAGGGGUUUUGGUGGCGGUGCAGAGUGGGGCUUUCACGGUCCCUCUCCUGCCUGCCAUGGAGCUUGUGAUUCAGAAACAAGAGCAGGGUUCUACUCCAGUAUCCAGCACACAUGGCCCCCUCAAUGGAGUCCUACUGAAUCAAAGCUAUAAUUUUGGCCCUUUUUUACAUUAUUACAAAUGUAGGAUGUAGGAUCAAGUGCUGUAAAAUUGAUUUUGUACAAUUGAUUGUGAUGCUCUCUUUCAUUUGCAUAUUUUGCAACAUUUCCAGCAAUAGGCUAGUUCUACCAAUAUAUGUGUGCAUACAUAGACACAUCUUAAUGUACGCUAACAUGUUCAUUUAAACCAUAACUGUGAAGUUUCUGUUUCAUUUGAAGAAAUUCAAUUUACAUCCAGGAUUCAAGCUGGGUGGCAUAAGGUAGUAAACAGCCAGUCCUCUUAUGUCAUAAUGUCAUAGGCACAAAGGUUUAAUUUCAGCAUAUCUGUACUUUUGUCUCUUUAAUUUAUUGUUUCUUGUUUGUCAUAUUAUCCAUCACAAUGCUGGAAAAAAAAUGUAUAGCAACAAUUGAAAUUCAUAUUAGCAUUGAAGGUGAUGUAUACAUUUCUAAAAUAUUAUUGUCAGAAAUACAUAAAAUGGCAGCAUGAGUUACCUGAGAAAUGUGUCAAAUAACUUUGUUGUGUGUUUUGUCUUCAAAGUAUGUGACCUCAAUAACGUCCUGUCAUUGUUUGCUGCUCUUUUGAGGUGAUGAAAUUACAGUACAGGAGACAAAAGUGUUGGGUAAUUCUCUACGAGGGUGUGGUGGUUAUGGUACUCUGGUGAGCUACUAACACCAAACAGGGCACUUAGUAUCUAAGUGAAAAUACCUAUGCGUUUACUACACUUUGAUACAAUAAUAGGCUAAUAAACUGUUAAAACUGUCAGGUGUGAUGUGUAAUCACAUAUUCAACAUAUAUGUACAGUAUAAUACUGAUUUGUUUUUUAUAUGGGCCACUUUUAUAACUAAUAUGAUUGUGAAUUUGAUGUUUUCAUUAAAAGGUAACUACUGUGGUACUGAA